GUGAAAUUGUUGCUGAGCAUCGUAUCUCAUGCGAAACUCUGGGAAACAACUUCCGUUUCUGGAUGGAAAACGAGGCUGAUUGAAUAAGCUCCCAGUUAGCAAAUACGGAAUGGUUUACAGAAGAUCGAGUAAACAAAGAUUUCACUGAAGCUGGCUUACUGAAACCCACACCUGUGGAUCCAAACACCAACGGACCCAUAUCAGAAUGAGAAUGAUGGUAAACACAAACGAAAUGCAGAGAAGGAAGUAGAACAACCAUUCCUCUGAAAACAAACAGUUUGUUUUUAAUAAAACAAGUGUUAUGUUAAUAAAAAUGGUACAUGGUAUGCGAAUUUGAAUCAAGAUGUUCUCCAUGGAGCAAGAAUUGCGAAAGAAGAGCAUGCCUAUGGAGAGAGCGACAGCAACUAGCCCGGUGAUCAGCCGACGAGACCCGGCGCCUUUCACCAUACCCCAAAGUUACCAUGAUAGCCCCCUUAUGCCACGACGACUAGAAACUGCUGCCCAGUGCCAGACAAUGCCCGGAAACUUGCUGAAAAGUAAAUCAAGAUCACUUGAGGUUUUCGGAACAGUUAUAAAUAGAAAGGCGAUUGGCUACGUAUCUAUUGAAGUUUGGUUUUCGCAAGAGGAUGAGUUGGUUUUUGUUAGAUUGCAAAACGUGGAUCUGACGGCGAAGCCAACCCCGGCGGCAAUAGGAACUACGUGGGACUUAGAAUUAGAAGUGAAAGUUUGCUUGCUUAAUCAGAAGCAGAGGCAGCGCGUGCUUAAACCACAUUCUGCUGCCUACAUCCCUGUUAAGAGAAGUUUAGUCAAAGAGCAGUGUUUGAUGAUAACAUGUUACGAUGCAAAAAGACAGAACGAUCUAACUCCAAUUGGCCACGUGUUUGUGCGAUUGACUGAUAUCGAUCUGUCCUGGAAAUCUACUUUAUAUAUCCGAGAAAUAGUGCCAAAUUCUAAGCUUGAAGGUUUUAGCACUGGCGAGAUUGAAGUCAAACUUCACUGGGUGUCGGCUGCUGGGACACUGAAUGUGAAAAUUGGAUGUGUACGUAGGCUGAAGAGCCCUCGUGGCACCUUGAAAAGACCCUUCUACAUCAAAGUCUUUCUGUUUAUCGGUGGCUGUGAAAAGAAGCGGUGGAAAUCAUCAGCUAAGUUGGCGGAGCCAAAUUUAUUAUUUGACGAGGGCUUUUCCGCAGAUUUAGAUUCAGCUCAAAUCACCGAAGCAAUUAUUCUCAUUCAGGUUUUCGCUAAACCAAAAGAAAUCUUUAGCUUCCAUCCAGAACUGAUAGGAGGAGUGAUAAUUGGCCCAUACAUGCCAAAGUUGUCUGACACGUUUACCCAUUGGGAAAAUAUGGUGGCCAAACCGUUCGAAGAAAUUUCUGAGAUUCACGAUCUACAUUUAUACAAAAGUUUUUUGAUUGGUGGCAGUGUUGCACUGGGCAUUCUUUUGAUGCUUUUGGCAAUUGCAAUUUGGUGGUUUAUCAUCAAAAGAAGAAAAUUGAAGCAGAAAAACAGUAAAGCUGCCUCCAGGCCUUCAGAGGUUCUUACUAAACCACCGGACAUUCAAGUCAACAAAAUUGAGUUUACGGUGCCUUCCAGUAAUUUGAAGCAUCGGGCAUAUGACAAUUUGUCACCAAAUGAGCAAACCUUGCCGUUAAUUGGACCGUGCUUUGAGACUUCAUCAAAUGAGUCGCUGGACUCCAACAGAACACCCGAGGGCAUUCCGACCGCGUUUGGUUUAUUGCGACCGGACUUGUACUUAUCAGAUACUGAGAGUGAAAACAGUGGAUUUCCGCCCGGUCACAUAGGAAGAAUUUGGUUCCGCCUAGAGUUCAACUGUGAAACGGAGAAUUUGUUUGUAACUGUAGCUAAAAUUGAGAAUCUACCGGCUAGGCAACAUCGUGGGAGCUCUUUGUCAAUGAGUGGAGCCAGUACUUGUGACUCUUUUGUUAGGAUUUUCCUGCUCCCUGAUGAAAAGAGAUAUCUGCAAACCAAAGUGAAAAAGCGUACUUUAAAUCCAAAAUUCAAUCAGGAGUUUGCUUUUUGCAUGUCAUACAGUAUAUUACGAGAAAGAACUCUUCGAUUCUCUGUUUUUGACGUUGAUCGAUUCACAAGGCAAACUGUUAUUGGACACGCGUUGUACUCCCUUGAAAAUCUGGACAUAACAAUGGCGUUAGAUGAAUGGAAAGACUUGGAAAAAGUUGCUUUGCCCUCGACAGAAAAUUUUGGUGAAAUCUUGAUAUCAAUGACCUAUCUUGAACCAAUCAAUCGCAUGGCGGUGACUGUUGUCAAGGCAACCGGACUGCACCUUGUCGAUUUUCAAAUUCUGAAUCCCUAUGUGAAAGUGAGCCAUUCAGUUUUGGGGAAAGUGACAAAAACGAAGAAGACGCCAGUUCACAAGGAGAACUCAUACCCAGAGUUUGAUUACUGCUUCGAGUUCAAGAUCAACCCUGAUAUUUUGGAACGGACAUGUUUUACCAUUGAAGUUAUGCACAAUACUUCACCAGCCCUGAAACAAGACAAGAUGAUUGGGCGCAUCGACAUUGGGGGACCACUUGUGUCACGUGGUAAAGAGCUUGAUCACUGGAAUGAAGUCAUGCUGCAUCGCAAUUACCCGGUUAAAGAAUGGCAUUAUUUGAAACAUUUGACUUAACCUUGAAUUGACCUCGCUAUCUAUCAAUAUCAUACAUCAGAGGACAGUUAGGUGAUCAUGAUAUUUAAGUAAUCAUUUAUUUUAACAAUGUUUAUACACUGAGAAUUUCAUGAAUAUGUUACUAGUCUUCAGCUUUGAUGUAGGUAUGAGACAAGAUAAUUUUGGGGAUUCUGGGCUUUAAUCUAAACAAGAAAUCAAAAGUAUGUAUUUGUCACCAGUAGGGUUCUCCAAAAUAUAUGGUAGUUUUUUGGAUAAUAUUGUCUUUCAAGUCAAUUUAUUUCAAUUUUAGAAUUCUUCUUAUUUUCAAUAGAUUGAAAUUAUAAGCGUAAGAAAGUCACGAGAAGUAACGGUUUCUUUUACAAUGUUUUUGCAACUUCUUUCCUUGUGAGCAUAUCAAUAGGAAAAAGGAGACAUUUUGAUAAAUAUAUUUGAUUGCUGAGGAUAAACCAAUUCGAAUGAUCCGAAACAAUAAAAUUCUUAAGAAGAACCUCGAAAUGGACAUCUUCCGCCCUAUUCUGUAUCCUAAUCUAUUUGGAUCCGAUCCCAACUGUUUACACGAGACCUUUUUGGGAUCGGAUCCAAAUGGGAUCAUCUUCAAAUGCGAUCCCAAACGGAUAGCAGAUUCAAACAGCGAAGUUUCUCUUUGUUUUGUUUGUUUUCAAAUUUUCGUGACAUUUCUGUCAAGAGAUUGAUUCUGUGUCUUCAGUUUUAUACCUGCAAUCAAUUAUAUUCACAGAGCUUUUAUACAGAGCAUGGAUUUUCAUGAGAUUACGGAGUACUUGGUUUUCUCAAAAUUCACUUGUUUCUAAUCAUUUUGCUUCGAGUACUAUACUGUGUACUGAAGUUUAUUAAUUUUUCUGAUGGCCCAGUACUUGUUUCUUUUUUCUAGCGAGCUUCUUGAAAAAAUAGGCGUAUAUUGCACAACGUAGUGGUGAAAUCAGGUUUUAAUUUUGGUUGUGGGGGCCCAGGCUUACGAUUUUUAGAUUCAAAUUUAGAUAUUUCUUUUCACAACAAUUCGUUACAUAUGAUUUAGCAUCGAAAAAUAUAAAGCUACUGCUAAAUUCAUGAUGAUUAAGUAACAGGAAAUAGUUAUUUACAUAUUCAUUUCAUAACAGUAACUAUUAAUGAAAAUGAAAAAUGAAAACUGAAAACAAAAUGAAAACUGUAGGACAAGUGGAAAAAACUCAUUAGAGCUAUCUAGCCAUUUGCCCCUGUUUGACGUGAAUUUAUGGUAGUAUUAAAAUGUGAAUUUGAUCUAAAAACUGUAAGAGGCCAAAAGAUGUGUUAUUUUAUGUCAUGUAAUACAUUCACAAUUAUUCAUAAUUCCACGAUGAUAGGCAGAUAUUAUCAUCUUAACGAUAAUAUAGUUAGCAAAUAGAAUGAGUACCAGAAUGAAAAUAUGAUAGUUUGAUUGUUAAACUUUUCUAUAAUGAACUCUUUAUCAAGUGGCUAGAAAAGAAACGAGCCGAGCAAAGAGAAGGCGAGAUUCGAUAAAUACAAAAGAAGGCGAGAUGCGACGCAACCAAAAAUCAGAAUAGGGGAAGGGGAGGAAAGUAAGAAAAGAGUAGGUAAUAGAUGUAAAAAAAAUUAUUGAAGGAAAUUAAAAUUGUUAUUAAGACCAUUAGGAUAAAGAGUUUUUAGGCUAAAAAUUAAACGUAUGGUGGUGUCUUGAGUGUCUUGCGGUGCAUGCAAUAAGCCAAGGAUAGAAAUGUCGCCAGUAGAAUGAUUGAAGGAGUUAAAAUGAUUGGAUAUGUUGCUAUCUGUAUCGCUUUAGUGUUCUUCUGUCAGAUAGAUUUUGUUAGCAACAUUUCUCCAAUGUUCUCCAAAACGGUUGUUAACUUGACGAAUUAAAUUUGUCGGUACUUAUUUGUCCAAUUAAGUCAGUACAAUAGGAUAUAACGGAAAAAAUAAGCGAAAGAGUACUACGCUAAAAAUGAAAGAAUAUAAGACGAAAAGCUCAAUUUUCCGAAAAGGACGAAAUUUGGAGGAUUAUUGCCCCUAGCUCCGCUGCCCGUACAGACAGAAGUUCCGUGAAACUUUUUACGCAAGGCUAAGUCAAGGUGGUAGACGAGAUUUAAGGAGGAUCAUUAAUAUUAUGGAGUUCAAAAAGUUCCGCGUUCCCCAAAGAGUUCCAGGAUGUCUCCGUGGAGUUCCGAGCAGCCACUCAUAAAACAGAUCCUUUUUCUUCAAAAAAGCGCGGCAUGCUUUUAUACAGAGCUGGGAUAUAAAUUUAUUUGCUUAACAGUUGCUCGGCCUUUGCCCCUCUAGCAGCGGUUGAGGAGAACUUCCAUGUUGAGAAAGCACUGCGCGUGGUCAAUGAAGGUCCAUGCAAAGAGACUAAGUGGCUGGAGGUGCUCAUUAGCUCAACUGAAAGAACAUAAAAUGAGAAUAUUAAUAUUUAGUAGCAGUGGCUGCGAAGAGGCUCUCAAAAUUUUGCAGAAUGACAUAAAAAGACCAGAAAUUUUGUGACACUGUGAACUUGCAUUCUUAAAAGGUUAUGAUAUUUUGAUAGUUCAUUAAUUUGCAGAAAUAUUUGUUGCAGUUCACAUAAUCUUUCUAAUUGCUGAUGAUAUUUGGAAAUGGUUGUCAAAACCUACCAAAUAAUUAGGUAUGAAGUAGGUAUAAAGUAGGUGAAAAGCAAAAUGUCACUUUCAGUGUUUAAAACCUUGCAAUUAGAAGUUUCCUAGAGGUCUGCAUAUAACCAUUAGUCAAUACAAAACUGAAAAUUUAGCGUAUUCCCAGUUGGUGGGAUUAAACUGUCCCUUGUCAAUAGUCAUUAUUCUGGAAGAUUCUGAUGCAUCAAGCAAUAUGAGAAAUAAUUUUUAAAACAGAGAUAGAAAUAUUUUUUGAAACAUUUUUAAAAUCUUAAUCCAGAGUCAUACUCUUGGCCACUGUUUGGUAUUGUUAAAAAACAUUUACAAAAUGUCGCUUAUGAUCAGUAUAAUCCUUUACACCUGGGUGCCCUCUCACCCCUGCGUCCAGGGAUGAUGCGAGUAAAGGUGGAUCACUGUAUUGUAGUGUUGUAUAAAAUAGAACGAGAUAUCCAUUUUAUUCAUGUAACCCCCCAUUAAUGUAUAAUAUAAAUACAUAUAUAAUGUAUUACUGAUAUUAACUUAGGACUCUUGACUCACAACUCACUGACUCACAAUUUCGGCAACCUCAGAAUUCUUUAUCUUUACUUUUUUGGCCAUGCAUUUGUUUUUUUGGUUUGAAGGUUCUGGAGGUGGUUGGCUGUAUGGUUGGUUGGUUGGUUGGUUGGUUGGUUGGUUGGAUGGUUGGUUGGUUGGUUGGUUGGUUGGUUGGAUGGUUGGUUGGUUGGUUGGAUGGUUGGUUGGUUGGUUGGUUGGUUGGUUGGUUGGUUGGUUGGUUGGUUGGUUGGUUGAUCAAAAUUUAUACCGUUGAUGGAACGGCUGAAGCUGCUUUUUUCUAAAAUUCAACUGAAAUGUCUUUUUUCCAAGUUCUGUGUUUGAUAAUGAUAAGCUCAACUUUAGUUUUACGUGCCUCCCUUAAAAUUAUUUUUGAGUCAAAUUUAGUCACUUUUGGUUAAUUAACAGCAAAAUUUCUUGUUUCAGUUUUUAUCUAACAAUUAGUUUCUUGCUGGCUGUUUGUUAUAAAUCUAUUUUAUUUUUCAAAUUUAGAUAUUUAUUUAUAUAUUUUCAUCUUCAAAUUUCAAAUCAUUUUCUGAUUUGUCUUUUUUAUGCAACUUGCUUUGAUUUUUUAGGAAAAAUUUUCUGUAAAUUGGACACAACUGUAUCUUGACUCAUCAUUAUUAAUAACAAUUGAAUUUGUAUUUAGCAAUAAAUUAUAUAUUUGUUUCUGGAUAGCAUGUCUUCAUAAUGUUUAUCAGACAAAAACUUAAUGAAAAUAUGCUCUUGUGUAUUGCUUGGCCAGAGCUAUAGCCAUUUAAGGCUAAAGAGUAUUUUAUUAGCUGAUAUAUUUUUCUACCAAUGAGGCUCUAUUUGAAAAUUCAUAAUUUUACAUUUUUUAUUUUUCAGCAAUUUGGUCAACAAUUUCAGCAGUUUUUACAUUCCAUGACAACAGAUACAAAGAUUUUAUUUCUCUUAAAGAAUACUUUUAUUGAGAAUCUUUUCAAAUGCGUGUUGUUUUUAUCUACAGAGGUCUAGUUUAAAUUUCUAUGGAUUCACUUUCUGCCGUUUAUUGAAGAGUCAAUGACUUUUUGUUGUAUAAUUGUUUACUUUAAUUUUUAUCCGUAUUCAUCAUGGUGGCUAAAUAUGUCUCACUUUUCACGAAAAACUCUCCAGGAUAUAAUAAUUGGAUAUUGAUCAAAGGGUAAGCAGAAAUUUAUGUUCACAUGCAGAUAGAAAGUUAUACUUGAGGAAUAAUCCAAGUUUGACUAGAUUGUCAUUCCAAAGCAAUUCCUCACACAGCUGAAGAGUCCAAGAGAGAAGAAGAAGAGAGAACAAACUAUUUCUGUCUACAUAUGUUGGGAUCUUUUGUUAGGAAAAGAGCUCCUGCACCUUUUCCAAUGAAAGCUUCUAAAGAUGUUCUGGACAGUUGUUCCAAGCAGUUUCUGCAAGCUAUUUAGUAACAUCUUUUCAUUUUCAGUCACCUCUUGCAUGCAUGUUUUAUGCUUUAUUUUGACUUUUAUUGAGAAUCUUUUCAAAUGCGUGUUGUUUGUUAUCUACAGUGGUCUAAUUUGAAUUUCUAUGGAUUCACUUUCUGCCAUUUAUUGAAGAGUCAAUGACUUUUUGUUGUAUAAUUGUUUACUUUAAUUUUUAUCCAUAUUCAUCAUGGUGGCUAAAUAUGUCUCGCUUUUCACGAAAAACUCUCCAGGAUAUACUAAUUGGAUAUUGAUCAAAGGGUAAGCAGAAAUUUAUGUUCACAUGCAGAUAGAAAGUUAUACUUGAGGAAUAAUCCAAGUUUGACUAGAUUGUCAUUCCAAAGCAAUUCCUCACACAGCUGAAGAGUCCAAGAGAGAAGAAGAAGAGAGAGAACAAACUAUUUCUGUCUACAUAUGUUGGGAUCAUUUGUUAGGAAAAGAGCUCCUGCACCUCACUUUUUCAUUUCACAUCUUGCAUGCAAGUUUUUUGCUUUACUUCCAUUUUUUGUUUGUUUGAAGUUAUGGACAGGACAAGAUAGGAGCAUGCCUUUGUCAUUAUACCCUAUGUUUUUUGUCAAAUUCGUUGUUUUUAUGCAUCUUUUUUCUUUCUGUUUUAGGUUUGAUUGGAAUUUUUACAACAGUACAGUUUUAAAAAUAAGUUCCUUAAUUAUUUCUUUCCCCAUUGUUCUGAUUAGAGCAUUUGUUUGAGGUGAAAAAUGACAAGAAUACAAGGUGAUCAAUUUUUUUAACUUUCAAAGGAAAUUGUAUACAAGCUUUAUAAACACAUUUUUGUCAGGUAAAUGUUUUUUAAUAAUCAAGAAGUUUUGGCUAUGGAAUAUGUAUGGAAUCUAGCAAAUGGAAGACUGAUCAAUUUUUCUGAUUUUACCAAAAAAAAGUUUAGUUAACAUUUGAUCAAAUUUCUAUGCAAUGACUCUAGGUAUAAAGUGCUGAUAAAGCGUCUUCAAAAUGUUUAAAAAUUUGCUUUGCUUGCUUAAUUUUAGCAAACACGAAAUAGAUAAUUAUUUUUAUUGUGCAGGGUGGUGAAAGCUGUGCAUGCUGUUGUUAUUUCAAGAUCUAUUUGUUCCAAGUAAAAUACUGCAAAGGUAUGUUCUUACUUUCACAUUUGACCUAAUUUGAUAAAAAUUCUGAAUUGAGAAAUAUUUUCUGAACUUUUAGUAAACGUUUUUCUUUAUUCAUUGGCAGUUUGGUUUUAUGUAUUUAUUGGUUUUGUGUUGUAAAUAAAAUAAAGCAACUUAUACAAAGGAUAACUUCUUAUUGCCAAUGAAAGAUAUCUUGGACAGAACAAGUGCUAACAGAAGACAGAAGUGGAUUAUGGCUAUCAAUGUGGAUUUUCAAUCAUUCUCCCCUUCAUACUGUCCCUUAAUCAUCUCAUUUAGAAGUUUAAUCAAAAUUUAUAUGCGAAGUUCAACAAGGGCUUUAGUUACGAGGGCGUAGAGCUGCAACAACUCCUUCGAAAAAUCCUUUUCAGAGACGACUUUUUGCUACCUAAAGGUGCCUCAUCGGCAUUGGAAAGUAAAGAGGAUGGUUUUAAGCAGCCAUUUAUCCGGCCUGCAUGUCAACUCCGGCCUGCAACAAGAUUUCGUCAGGCCCCCCGAACUCUUUUACCUUUUUUUUACCGAAUAAAUUUUGGCUUGCACUUUCAAAAUUUGGAAUUCGACUUAGUUUGUAAAUGUUUUCUGCUCAGAAACCUUCUUUUUCUCUGCAGUAAAUGAUAAUAUGCAUUUCGUUGAGCAGUUAUUUGUCCGGAAAAAAUAUCUAAAUAGGAAAUGCUUUCAACUGAACUCUUUAUAGCGAAAAAUAGGUACACGGAAUAGAUUUUAUUAAUAUAGAACCUAGCAUGAAAUAAUUGGCCUGUCAUCCUAUCUACGGUUAGGCCUGGUAUAUAUAAGAUCUGAACUUCAUUUUGAGCAGCUUUGUUGACAAAGGAUAUGUAAAAGUUGUAAACUCAGGGGCUCUUCCAAAAGUUGUAAACACACGGAAAAUCCACACAUUUUCUGCCACGGCACACAAACUAUUUAAAAACCCCGGUUUAAAGGACUCAUGCUACCUAUUUUACCUUGUAAUUUUAUUGACGAAUUCGUUUUGAAAAUAGGUCAAAUUUAGGUUUUUUAAGUUUUCCGCCAAAAAUUUUAUUUGGAGGAACCAACGAUGCUGGAAGUAUGCCAGGGCAAAUGGGACAUACCUUUUAGAGAUAGAGAUAGUAGGCGCUUUUUUCUGGUCAGAUUGGGUAACUUCGCUCACUGCCCCUACCAUUCCUUCUGUAUGAACAAGAAAAUUUGAGUGGCGUCCUGGCAUUUUCCGUUUUCUGCUCUGACUCUCCUCGUGGCGUUCGAGAUCUGCAAAACAUUAAAUUUUUUGACAAAAUGCGGGAUAACUUUUCACUGGUUCUCAUUUCCUUCAACCUAUUUGCAGCUUUCUUGAUUCCAUACAAUACAUUCUCUGCCGAGUUAUCUAUUGCCUGUAAUUCCCUUGACAACUUCUACAUGAUAACAAUGAUACCACAUACAGUGAUACCACCAAAAGUGAUAGAUUGUUCUGUAAUUCAAAAGCCUGAAGUCGAAAACACGGACAUGGACCUUUAAUUCUCCUCUGUUGCUUCGAUUACUUUAUAUUUUAUUCAAAGCGAUUCAAUUCUUUAUGUAUCUUGAUUACCACCUUUGCAGUUUUUCCCCAACGAGUUUCCCAUAGACUUUUUUAGAUGGAUUGACUUCGCUGAUUUUAGGUAUGAAGAUUCUUGCAUUGCUUAAGGUUUUUCUUGCUUCUGCUGGAUAUCGUUGAAAGGUUGUACCCUUUUUUGAUAGGCACUCACAAAUACAUAUCAGUCCUGGCACAUCUGAUUGCUUAACAGCAUCUGUACGUUAAACAAUGGACAUCAAAUGCUCGUUCUCCUGCGAAUUCUUUCACUUCCUUUGCGAGUUUCUUUAUCACUGAACAAAUUUGAUUUCUCUCUAGGCCACAUCUUGAAACAACAUCUUUCAAAUGCUCUAGUAAAGCAAAAGCAACUAGGCCACUAGAACAAUGCCAACAAAAAUCUCCUUAAUUUCAUAUGCAUUGGAGACUCUCCGAAGAGAUAUUGAGACUUGUUCUUUUUUAGAAAUGUCAGCUGAUUCAUCUGCCAUGAUUCAAGAUUUUUUCUUCUUGAGCAACUGUAGAUGUGCUUUGGUCAGCUAUUGUUGUUGAACUUGUGGUUUUUAAUGGUAGAAUUUAUUGUUAAUGAAUUUAUAGAGCCAAAAAAUAAGUUGCAGCUGCUACCAAAGACCCAAAUAAUUUCUUCUUUCUUAGAGGUUUAGUCUUUCCGUUUUGUCUUUUGAAUUAUAUUUCCCUUUGAUAUAUUUUAUUCUCUAUCAAUCAUUUGUGGUUGAUAAAGAUUCGACUCCAGUUCAUAUAUUUGUAGAGGAAAUAAAUAAAUUUCAGUUGCUAUCAAGGACUCAAAUAAUUUCUUCUUCCUUAGAGUUUUAAUUGGACGUUGGUUGUGUUUUUUAGUCAUAUUUCCCUUUGGUAUAUUUCAAUCUUUAUCAAUCAUCUCUAGUUGAUAAAGAUUCGAAUUCGGUUCAUAUAUUUAAAGUGAAAAUAAAUAAACUUCUUCUACCAAGGACCCAAAUAAUUACUUCUUUCUUAGAGUUUUAAUUGGACGUUGGUUGUGUUUUUUAGUCAUAUUUCCCUUUGAUAGAUUUCAAUAUUUAUGAAUCAUUUCAAGUUGAUAAAGAUUUGAAUCCAGUUCAUAUAUUUAAAGUGAAAAUAAAUAAACUUCUUCUACCAAGGACCCAAAUAAUUACUUCUUUCUUAGAGUUUUCAUAAUACGUUGGUUGUGUUUUAGAGUCAUAUUUCCCUUUGAUAGAUUUCAAUUUUUAUCAAUAUUUUGUGGUUGAUAAAGAUUUGAAUCCAGUUCAUAUAUUUAAAGUGAAAAUAAAUAAACUUCUUCUAUCAAGAACCCAAAUAAUUACUUCUUUCUUAGAGUUUUCAUAAUACGUUGGUUGUGUUUUAGAGUCAUAUUUCCCUUUGAUAGAUUUCAAUCUUUAUCAAUAUUUUGUGGUUGAUAAAGAUUUGAAUCCAGUUCAUAUAUUUAAAGUGAAAAUAAAUAAACUUCUUCUACCAAGGACCCAAAUAAUUACUUCUUUCUUAGAGUUUUCAUAAUACGUUGGUUGUGUUUUUUAGUCAUAUUUCCCUUUGGUAUAUUUCAAUCUUUAUCAAUCAUCUCUAGUUGAUAAAGAUUUGAAUCCGGUUCAUAUAUUUAAAGUGAAAAUAAAUAAACUUCUUCUACCAAGAACCCAAAUAAUUACUUCUUUCUUAGAGUUUUCAUAGUACGUUGGUUGUGUUUUUUAGUCAUAUUUCCCUUUGGUAUAUUUCAAUCUUUAUCAAUCAUCUCUAGUUGAUAAAGAUUCAAAUCCAGUUCAUAUAUUUAAAGUGAAAAUAAAUAAACUUCUUCUACCAAGAACCCAAAUAAUUACUUCUUUCUUAGAGUUUUCAUAGUACGUUGGUUGUGUUUUUUAGUCAUAUUUCCCUUUGGUAUAUUUCAAUCUUUAUCAAUCAUCUCUAGUUGAUAAAGAUUCGAAUCCAGUUCAUAUAUUUAAAGUGAAAAUAAAUAAACUUCUUCUACCAAGGACCCAAAUAAUUACUUCUUUCUUAGAGUUUUCAUAAUACGUUGGUUGUGUUUUAGAGUCAUAUUUUCCUUUGAUAGAUUUCAAUCUUUAUCAAUAUUUUGUGGUUGAUAAAGAUUUAAAUCCGGUUCAUAUAUUUAAAGUGAAAAUAAAUAAACUUCUUCUACCAAGGACCCAAAUAAUUACUUCUUUCUUAGAGUUUUCAUAAUACGUUGGUUGUGUUUUAGAGUCAUAUUUUCCUUUGAUAGAUUUCAAUCUUUAUCAAUAUUUUGUGGUUGAUAAAGAUUUGAAUCCGGUUCAUAUAUUUAAAGUGAAAAUAAAUAAACUUCUUCUACCAAGGACCCAAAUAAUUACUUCUUUCUUAGAGUUUUCAUAAUACGUUGGUUGUGUUUUAGAGUCAUAUUCUCCUUUGAUAGAUUUCAAUCUUUAUCAAUAUUUUGUGGUUGAUAAAGAUUUGAAUCCAGUUCAUAUAUUUAAAGUGAAAAUAAAUAAACUUCUUCUACCAAGGACCCAAAUAAUUACUUCUUUCUUAGAGUUUUCAUAAUACGUUGGUUGUGUUUUAGAGUCAUAUUUUCCUUUGAUAGAUUUCAAUAUUUAUGAAUCAUUUCAAGUUGAUAAAGAUUUGAAUCCGGUUCAUAUAUUUAAAGUGAAAAUAAAUAAACUUCUUCUACCAAGGACCGAAAUAAUUACUUCUUUCUUAGAGUUUUCAUAAUACGUUGGUUGUGUUUUAGAGUCAUAUUUCCCUUUGAUAGAUUUCAAUAUUUAUGAAUCAUUUCAAGUUGAUAAAGAUUUGAAUCCGGUUCAUAUAUUUAAAGUGAAAAUAAAUAAACUUCUUCUACCAAGGACCGAAAUAAUUACUUCUUUCUUAGAGUUUUCAUAAUACGUUGGUUGUGUUUUAGAGUCAUAUUUCCCUUUGAUAGAUUUCAAUAUUUAUGAAUCAUUUCAAGUUGAUGAAGAUUUGAAUCCGGUUCAUAUAUUUAAAGUGAAAAUAUAUAAACUUCUUCUACCAAGGACCCAAAUAAUUACUUCUUUCUUAGAGUUUUCAUAAUACGUUGGUUGUGUUUUAGAGUCAUAUUUUCCUUUGAUAGAUUUCAAUCUUUAUCAAUAUUUUGUGGUUGAUAAAGAUUUGAAUCCAGUUCAUAUAUUUAAAGUGAAAAUAAAUAAACUUCUUCUACCAAGGACCCAAAUAAUUACUUCUUUCUUAGAGUUUUCAUAAUACAUUGGUUGUGUUUUAGAGUCAUAUUUUCCUUUGAUAGAUUUCAAUCUUUAUCAAUAUUUUGUGGUUGAUAAAGAUUUGAAUCCAGUUCAUAUAUUUAAAGUGAAAAUAAAUAAACUUCUUCUACCAAGGACCCAAAUAAUUACUCCUUUCUUAGAGUUUUCAUAAUACGUUGGUUGUGUUUUAGAGUCAUAUUUUCCUUUGAUAGAUUUCAAUCUUUAUCAAUAUUUUGUGGUUGAUAAAGAUUUGAAUCCAGUUCAUAUAUUUAAAGUAAAAAUAAAUAAACUUCUUCUACCAAGGACACAAAUAAUUACUUCUUUCUUAGAGUUUUCAUAAUACGUUGGUUGUGUUUUAGAGUCAUAUUUUCCUUUGAUAGAUUUCAAUCUUUAUCAAUAUUUUGUGGUUGAUAAAGAUUUGAAUCCAGUUCAUAUAUUUAAAGUGAAAAUAAAUAAACUUCUUCUACCAAGGACCCAAAUAAUUACUUCUUUCUUAGAGUUUUCAUAAUACGUUGGUUGUGUUUUAGAGUCAUAUUUCCCUUUGAUAGAUUUCAAUUUUUAUCAAUAUUUUGUGGUUGAUAAAGAUUUGAAUCCGGUUCAUAUAUUUAAAGUGAAAAUAAAUAAACUUCUUCUAUCAAGAACCCAAAUAAUUACUUCUUUCUUAGAGUUUUCAUCAUACGUUGGUUGUGUUUUAGAGUCAUAUUUUCCUUUGAUAGAUUUCAAUCUUUAUCAAUAUUUUGUGGUUGAUAAAGAUUCGAAUCCGGUUCAUAUAUUUAAAGUGAAAAUAAAUAAACUUCUUCUACCAAGGACCCAAAUAAUUACUUCUUUCUUAGAGUUUUCAUAAUACGUUGGUUGUGUUUUAGAGUCAUAUUUUCCUUUGAUAGAUUUCAAUCUUUAUCAAUAUUUUGUGGUUGAUAAAGAUUUGAAUCCAGUUCAUAUAUUUAAAGUGAAAAUGAAUAAACUUCUUCUACCAAGGACCCAAAUAAUUACUUCUUUCUUAGAGUUUUCAUAAUACAUUGGGUGUGUUUUAGAGUCAUAUUUUCCUUUGAUAGAUUUCAAUCUUUAUCAAUAUUUUGUGGUUGAUAAAGAUUUGAAUCCAGUUCAUAUAUUUAAAGUGAAAAUAAAUAAACUUCUUCUACCAAGGACCCAAAUAAUUACUUCUUUCUUAGAGUUUUCAUAAUACGUUGGUUGUGUUUUAGAGUCAUAUUUCCCUUUGAUAAAUUUCAAUCUUUAUCAAUAUUUUGUGGUUGAUAAAGAUUUGAAUCCAGUUCAUAUAUUUAAAGUGAAAAUAAAUAAACUUCUUCUACCAAGGACCCAAAUAAUUACUUCAUUCUUAGAGUUUUCAUAAUAUUUAUUCUCUAUCAGUGCUUUUCAUUGGACGUUAGUUAGGUCUUCUGAAUCAUAUUUCCCUUUGAUACAUUUUCAUCUUUAUCAAACAUUUCUGGUUGAUGACAACUGUUAAUAAAGGCACAAAUUAUUUAUUCUCUAUCAGUGCUUUUCAUUGGACGUUAGUUAGGUCUUCUGAAUCAUAUUUCCCUUUGAUAUAUUUUCAUCUUUAUCAAACAUUUCUGGUUGAUGACAACUGUUAAUAAAGGCACAAAUUAUUUAUUCUCUAUCAGUGCUUUUCAUUGGACGUUAGUUAGGUCUUCUAAAUUAUAUUUCCCUUUGAUAUAUUUUCAUCUUUAUCAAACAUUUCUGGUUGAUGACAACUGUUAAUAAAGGCACAAAUUAUUUAUUCUCUAUCAGUGCUUUUCAUUGGACGUUAGUUAGGUCUUCUGAAUCAUAUUUCCCUUUGAUAUAUUUUCAUCUUUAUCAAACAUUUCUGGUUGAUGAAAACUGUUAAUGAAGACACAAAUUGUUUAUUCUCUAUCAGUGCUUUUCAUUUGAUGUUAGUUAGGUCUUCUGAAUCAUAUUUCCCUUUGAUAUAUUUUCAUCUUUAUCAAACAUUUCUGGUUAAUAACAACUUUUAAUGAAGGCACAAAUUAUUCAUUCUCUAUCAGUGCUUUCAUUGGACGUUAGUUAGGUCUUCUGAAUCAUAUUUCCCUUUGAUAUAUUUUCAUCUUUAUCAAACAUUUCUGGUUGAUAACAACUGUUAAUGAAGACACAAAUUAUUUAUUCUCUAUCAGUGUAUUUCAUUGGACGUUUGUUAGGUCUUCUGAAUCAUAUUUCCCUUUGAUACAUUUUCAUCUUUUCCAAACAUUUCUGGUUGAUGACAACUGUUAAUAAAGGCACAAAUUAUUUAUUUUCUUUCAGUGCUUUUCAUUGGACGUUAGUUAGGUCUUCUGAAUCAUAUUUCCCUUUGAUACAUUUUCAUCUUUAUCAAACAUUUCUGAUUGAUAACAACUGUUGAAGAAGACACAAAUUAUUUAUUCACUAUCAGUGUAUUUCAUUGGACGUUAGUUAGGUCUUCUGAAUCAUAUUUCCCUCUGAUAUAUUUUCAUCUUUAUCAAACAUUUCUGGUUGAUAACAACUGUUAAUGAAGAUACAAAUUAUUUAUCUUUUAUCAGUGUAUUUCAUUGGACGUUAGUUAGGUCUUCUGAAUCAUAUUUCCCUUUGAUAUAUUUUCAUCUUUAUCAAACAUUUCUGGUUGAUAACAACUGUUAAUGAAGACAAAAAUUAUUUAUUCUCUAUCAGUGCUCUUCAUUGAACGUUUGUUGGAUCAUCUGAAUCAUAUUUCCCUUUGAUAUAUUUUCAUCUUUAUCAAACAUUUCUGGUUGAUGAAAAUUGUUAGUGAAGACACAAAUUUUUUAUUCUCUAUCAGUGUAAUUCAUUGGACGUUAGUUAGGUCUUCUGAAUCAUAUUUCCCUUUGAUAUAUUUUCAUCUUUCUCAAACAUUUCUGGUUGAUGAAAACUGUUAAUGAAGACACAAAUUGUUUAUUCUCUAUCAGUGCUUUUCAUUUGAUGUUAGUUAGGUCUUCUGAAUCAUAUUUCCCUUUGAUAUAUUUUCAUUUUUAUCAAACAUUUCUGGUUGAUAACAACUGUUAAUGAAGGUACAAAUUAUUUAUUCUUUAUCAGUGUAUUUUAUUGGACGUUAGUUAGGUCUUCUGAAUCAUAUUUCCCUUUGAUAUAUUUUCAUUUUUAUCAAACAUUUCUGGUUGAUAACAACUGUUAAUGAAGGUACAAAUUAUUUAUUCUCUAUCAGUGUAUUUUAUUGGACGUUAGUUAGGUCUUCUGAAUCAUAUUUCCCUUUGAUAUAUUUUCAUCUUUAUCAAACAUUUCUGGUUGAUAUCAACUGUUAAUGAAGGCACAAAUUAUUUAUUCUCUAUCAGUUCUUUCAUUGGACGUUAGUUAGGUCUUCUGAAUCAUAUUUCCCUUUGAUAUAUUUUCAUCUUUAUCAAACAUUUCUGGUUGAUGACAACUGUUAAUGAAGACCGAAAUUAUUUAUUCUCUAUCAGUGCUUUUCAUUGGACGUUAGUUGGGUCUUCUGAAUCAUAUUUCCCUUUGAUAUAUUUUCAUCUUUAUCAAACAUUUCUGGUUGAUAACAACUGUUAAUAAAGGCACAAAUUAUUUAUUCUUUAUCAGUGUAUUUUAUUGGACGUUAGUUAGGUCUUCUGAAUCAUAUUUCCCUUUGAUAUAUUUUCAUCUUUAUCAAACAUUUCUGGUUGAUAACAACUGUUAAUGAAGGUACAAAUUAUUUAUUCUUUAUCAGUGUAUUUUAUUGGACGUUAGUUAGGUCUUCUGAAUCAUAUUUCCCUUUGAUAUAUUUUCAUCUUUAUCAAACAUUUCUGGUUGAUAACAACUGUUAAUGAAGACACAAAUUAUUUAUUCUCUAUCAGUGUAUUUCAUUGGACGUUAGUUAGGUCUUCUGAAUCAUAUUUCCCUCUGAUAUAUUUUCAUUUUAUCAAACAUUUCUGGUUGAUAACAACUGUUAAUGAAGACAAAAAUUAUUUAUUCUCUAUCAGUGCUCUUCAUUAAACGUUUGUUGGGUCUUCUGAAUCAUAUUUCCCUUUGAUAUAUUUUCAUCUUUAUCAAACAUUUCUGGUUGAUGAAAAUUGUUAAUGAAGACACAAAAUAUUUAUUCUCUAUCAGUGUAUUUCAUUGGACGUUAGUUAGGUCUUCUGAAUCAUAUUUCCCUUUGAUACAUUUUCAUCUUUUCCAAACAUUUCUGGUUGAUGACAACUGUUAAUAAAGGCACAAAUUAUUUAUUUUCUUUCAGUGCUUUUCAUUGGACGUUAGUUAGGUCUUCUGAAUGAUAUUUCCCUUUGAUACAUUUUCAUCUUUAUCAAACAUUUCUGAUUGAUAACAACUGUUGAAGAAGACACAAAUUAUUUAUUCUCUCUUGUAUGUUUCAUUGGACGUUAGUUGCUCUUUCUAAAUCAUAUUUCCCUUUGAUCUUUUAAUUUUUAUCCAUUCUAUCAUGUUCAUAAAAUUUGGAAUCAUGUUGAUAUAUUUUGAGUAGAAAUGAAUAAAUCCCAAGUAAUCUCGUAGAUAUUAUCUGUUAAAUUUCACCACUUGGAAUCGCAAACAAGCUUUAUCUCUAUAAAACAUAGCAUAGGCAGAACUUGACUUGCUUGGAGACAGUAGGUCUCUUGAGAAACACACAAAGGUAGUUGCACGAGAAAGGGCUUUCUUUUCUGUAGUGUGAAUAGAAUUCAAAGUUUAAUGAUUAUAGGCUUGGAUGAUUCCGUCGCUGAGAAAGUAAACAAGGAUAUCUAAGACUAACUUUUACCACGUGCAUGGAUUUCGGAUCUUGUAAUUUUAUUUAUUGCUUCAUGGACGAUUCUUCUUCGAUUUUGCUGGCUUCUUGUUUAUUUUUUGCAGACCGCAGCAAGAUUUGAAGGCAGCCAUAUUGGUGAAGCUGAAUUUAUUGUGAAGAUUGGAAGAUACAAGAACACUUGAUCGAGAUAUUGGACUUUUAUCGAAAAGACUUUGUUGUUAGUUUGUAAUUUGCAAUCGGUACUUUCUCGCUAAUUUCGCUCACAUCCAAAACCAAGUUUUUUGCUACAAGAGGUGACCCGAAGGAACAUUGCCACAUAUAUUAUGAUAAUCAAGAUUUCGAUUUGAAGAAGCUAAGAGGCAAUUUAUGACAUAUUAUUUUCGCACUAUGAAGGAUAGGAUUCGAAUCGAGUUUCCAGGUAAAGAAAUUUCCACCUUGCAUAUGUACCCGUACCCUACAGGUAAUUUCAGUCAUUGUAACUUUGCACAUACCCACUUCCCGCACCCUCUUAGCUAAGUCGAUUAGAGAAUAUAAAACCCCUCUUCGAAUCCAAGAUUUUUAGCUUUUAAAUAGACUAUUAAGCAUCCCCUCCAUUUUCAGUAGGUCAUUUUAGUCAAUUUAACCAUAAGAUAAUCGAUAUAGGACUGCUUAAGACCCUACCCUUCUCCAUAGAACCCUCUUUAUCAUAAUCGAAGUUUGAUAUCGUAUUGCGAGAGAGUAUCGAUACUUCGUUAGGUUAAUUAUUUCUAGUUAGACAUUUUGUAACAUUUGAAGGCAUAUUCUUCUAAUGGGUGUGAACAAGGCGCCUGUUCGCAUCUGUUUUUAGAAUAGGCCUUUCUCGUUUAAUGUAGUUUGUAUUUGUAUUUUAAUGUAUUUAAUUAGUUGCUUAGGAGACUGUUUUCGGUGUUAUGUUAGCGGUUAUGUUAGCACGGUGUUUUAAUCGAGGGGUUAACGGGAAGGAGUUCUUCUCUUUUUUGUUGACCCUUUGCUUAAAACACCAUGUUAACAUAACCCCUAGCACAACAUUCGAAGGGUUUUCUUGGCAGGGUGUUUUAAUCGAAGGGUUAACAAGGGGGACUUCUUUCCUUCUUGUUAACCCUUUGCUUAAAACACCAUGCUUAGACAAACCCCUUUCGAAAACAGUCUCCUCGGCACUAAGGUAGAACUUAACAUUGUAAGUAGAGUAAGAUCGCUUGAAUGAAGAGGAGAAAAUCGAGCAAAAAUUCUUUCUGACCCCCGUCUUUUGACCGGUCCAAACGAGGCUGUAACCCCCCGUCUUCGGUGGGCAUCGAAACGAGGCAAAUCGGGUUGAAAUAAGCGAAUCUGAUUGGUUAAAAACAAUUGAAAGGACAAUAGAAUUUUCUAAAUGAUGAUUGGUCAGAAAACAAUAGAAAAUUUGAAUUGAAGGGCUCUGAUUGGUCAGUAAACAAUAGAGUGAGACCAAAAUGGCUCAAUUUGAUUGGUUGAAAAACAAUGGUGGCCGCCAGUGGCCGCUGUUUCUAAAAUUUUCCCUAUAUUAUAGGUGACGGCCCUCGCCCGCAGCCACCAAAAGGGCUCAAAUGAAGCAAUCUGAUUGGCUAAAAACAAUGACCUGUCAAUCAUUCGCGGCUCCCAGCCGCAUUUUUUGCAGCCACCGUUUAGGGGCAUGGCCGCCGUAGAAGAACAAUGGAAAACCUUCAAUCGCCAACAGGAUUUUCUAAUAUAAAGACGGGGGAAUAUCUUUUCAAUUUCUUUAGAAAUCUAUAAAGGCUCUUAUAGAAAUAGGCAAAGGUUUUCUGAGUCAAGACAAAAGAAACACUGUCAAACUUCAAAGACAAUUUUCAAUGAAAACAAACGAAUUUUUUUGAUUGAACAAUAGUUGUAAGACUUAUAAACAAAGAAGUUCGGGGGUAAAUUGAAUAGAUUUAAAUCGAAAUUACAAUGGAAAACGGGGGUAAAUUGAAUAGAUUUAAAUCGAAAAUACAAUUGAAAACGGGGGUAAAUUGAAUAGAUUUAAAUCGAAAAUACAAUUGAAAACGGGGGUAAAUUGAAUAGAUUGAAAUCGAAAAUACAAUGAAAAACGGGGGUAAAUUGAAUAGAUUUAAAUCGAAAAUACAAUGGAAAACGGGGGUAAAUUGAAUAGAUUUAAAUCGAAAAUACAAUGGAAACCGGGGGUCAAUUCAAUAGAUAAAAAUCGCAAAUACAAUGGAAACCGGGGGUCAAUUUAAUAGAUUAAAAUCGAAAAUACAAUGGUAAAUCGGGGGUAAAUUGAAUAGAUUUAAAUCGAAAAUACAAUGGAAAACGGGGGUCAAUUCAAUAGAUUUAAAUCGAAAAUACAAUGGAAAAUCGGGGGUUAAUUCAACAGAUUUAAAUCGAAAAACAAUUGAAACUUAGAGGGAAAUUAAAUAGAUUGAAAUCGAAGUUACAAUGGAAGAUCGGCGAUUGCUUCGACAUAAUACAACCAAAAAGGGUUUGCGUAUUUGACUUUUGAAAAAUCAAUACUUUGAUACUUUUGAGCAUCACAAGUUUACGAUUAUCCAAUUAGAGAUACGAUGAAAAUGGUAAUGAAUUCAGUAAAACUGUUCACUGUUCAAAUUGAAAAAUGUCAAUUCCCCAGAAACGACCUCAAGCUUUAACCAGAAUCAUCUGCAAUUCGAGCGCAAGUGGAUGGCCUGACAGGAACUCUUCGCGAAAUUCAAAUCUUUUUUCGAGCCAAAUUCUCAAGUAUAGAUACAGAUUACCUGCAAAUAGUUUAAAGGCGUUAGGAUAUAAUUCUCUCUUAAUAGCAUCGCUAAAACGAAUCAUCAGGGAAAGGUUUUGUGUUAUGGCGAUUUCACAUAUGGUUACUGUGCAAAUGUGUAUGAGACAAAAAUCCGAUGUAAAAGAAACAAUAUUUUGCACAUUAAUUCGCAGAAUUUUUCAGAGCAAGAAGCAAGAACCAAAAAAUAAUAAAACAAAUAAAUA